AUGGAUAAGCUGCGGAACCUCUGGGGCGGCGCGGCCGACGCCGUGCAGGACAAGAUCAAGAGUGGUGAGAAGGAGCUGCGCCGGGCUGCGAGCGACGCCAGCGCGCGGGCACAGCAGGCAGCGGCGGACGCAGCGGAGGAGGCCAAGCGCCGCUUACAGCAGAAGACACAGGAAGCCAGGGAAGCUGCCAGACACAAGGUGGAGGAUAUACAGAAGGCAGCUAAGCACAAAGUGGAGGAGACGCGCGCAGCAGCCGCCGCCAAAGCUCGCGGCAUCGGCGCCAACGUGCUGCACAACUUACGCAAUAACCAGGAGAACGCCACGCGCCAGUUGCGUGAGAACGCCAAAGUGCUGCAGCGCUCAGCUAGCGACACUGUCGAUGACUUGAAGAAGCGCGCGCAGCAGAGCGCGACGGAAGCCACCAAUGCGGCUCAGGAACGUGUUCGAUCCUCAGUAUCUGAGGGGGCUCAGAAGCUGAAGCGGACGUCGUCGUCGGUAGUGGAAGCUAUUGACCCACGAGCGAGUGCGCGUCGAGUGCGCAACAGGCUACUGAUGGUGGGAUUUAUCGGGAUUUUCUUGUACGGCUUUGGGUCAGCCAUGCCUCAUGCCAUGGCGAAGUAUGCACUGGAGAAAGCAAAAAUCGAAGAGGAGGCAGCAGUGCGGGCGGAAAAUGCAGCAGCUCAGCGAAGAAAUGAAGAUAUCGAGUGA